AUGGAUUCUUCAUCAAGUUCAAGUGAUGAUGAAACUAUAAUCGCAUUUGUGAAUAGACUUGGUCAGCCAAGAAAACAACGCGUUUUUCGAAACCGAACCGAUAAUUUUCUCGAGUGGGACGAAAACGAAUUUUUUAAUCGAUUUCGUUUAACUAAACGAUGUGUGAAUAUUGUAUUGGACCUAAUCACUUUCAAAAUUCAAUCGUCUACUAACCGGAAUCAUGCAGUUACACCGGCACAAAUGAUUUUAAUUACAAUACGUUUCCUUGCAUCUAGUGGUAUGUUAAUAAUUACAGUAGGAGAUUUUGCAGGGAUCCAUAAAACAACUGCUGGAAAACACAUAUGGAAGGUUUUACAAGCUAUAGGUUGCUUGAGUGGUAAGAAGAUCAAGUGUUUCCAUUUCGGAUACACUAUAAACCGAUACAUUUUUGGGUGGUCCACCACCAGUUCCUUUAAUAUAGGAUUUUUCAGCAGUCACUUUUUGUUUUAG